UGGGAUACAGAGGGGUUGCCAUGCACAGCACCCACAAAUCCAAGGUCACCACUUGUUUUUGUCAGUUCCCCCCUGGGUGCAGUGAGGCACAGCAGGGCUGGUUUGGAGGUGCAGGUUGUGGACAGGGGUUGUGGGAGGUGGGGUAGCAGUGUACCUCUGACCCCCCCUCCAUUUGCAUGCAGCCACUGCAUCCAGCAGAUCCUGGAGGCUGUCCUGCACUGUCACCAGAUGGGGGUGGUCCACAGAGACCUCAAGCCGGAGAACCUGCUUCUGGCCAGCAAGUGCAAAGGGGCAGCAGUGAAGCUGGCGGACUUUGGCCUUGCCAUCGAGGUGCAGGGGGAUCAGCAGGCCUGGUUUGGAUUUGCCGGCACACCUGGCUACCUGUCCCCUGAGGUCCUGCGCAAGGAGGCCUAUGGCAAACCGGUGGACAUCUGGGCAUGUGGGGUCAUCCUGUACAUCCUGCUGGUGGGCUACCCGCCGUUCUGGGAUGAGGACCAGCACAAACUCUACCAGCAAAUCAAGGCCGGGGCCUAUGAUUUCCCUUCACCUGAGUGGGACACAGUCACCCCCGAAGCAAAAAACCUCAUCAAUCAGAUGCUGACCAUCAACCCUGCCAAGCGCAUCACAGCCCAUGAGGCCCUCAAGCACCCGUGGGUCUGCCAACGUUCUACCGUGGCCUCCAUGAUGCACAGGCAGGAGACAGUGGAGUGCUUGAAAAAGUUCAAUGCCCGGAGGAAGCUCAAGGUGAGGGGGCUGGUGGGGGAGGUGUGGGCUGGGGACAGUGCUUAUCCCCCCAGCACCACUCUGCCUCUCCAUGGGGCUCUCCUGUGGGACCCUCCCCUGUCCACUGUAGGACCUCUGCCCUGCCUUCUGUGGGACAUUCCCUUGUUUACUAUGGUACCCCUGCCCUUCCCACUCUGGCAGCACCUGGACAGCCCAUUCCUACCCCAGAACUCGUCAGGGCCUUCCUGUGCCUUUCCAUGGGGUACAGUCCCUUCCCACUGGGUGUUGUGGUCCCACUCUACUGUGCCUGGUGCUCUGCUGCGGGCUUUGGUCCCAUCCCAGUGACACACAGUGUGGCAU